AUGAGUGCCAAGGAUCCAGAGGUGUACAAACCAGUCGGCAUUUCGCUGGCUCUUGGCCUGUACUUUGCUCUUGGGCUUGCUUUCAUCAUUGCAUUUUCAAUCUUUCGAGCAUUCUUUCCGUUGACUUAUUCGCCUCGAUUACGAUUAAAGAGAGUUGCACCACCAAAGCUUCCAAGAGGAUGUCUGUCUUGGCUAGUACCGAUAUUCUACGUUACUGAAGCAGAGUUGAUCAGCAAUGUUGGGCUCGACGGUGCUAUGUUGCUGCGAUUCUUGAAGAUGUGCUGCCAGCUGUUCGCAGUGCUAUCGGUCAUUGGUGCGUUUGUCUUGAUUCCAUUGAAUGUCACCGCUUCGGGAGAUUUGCCUGCCAAGAUCAGUGAGGAACAAUGGCUCACUCUCAUGUCUAUCGAGAACGUACCAAACCAAUCGUACUCAAUCCUCAGCACACACAUCGUAUUCACAUGGAUCUUCACAUUCAUCGUAUAUUAUCAUGUCAUUCGAUUUUACAGGUCUUUUAUCGCCCUACGACUGCAGCAACAGGAAUAUGUCUUGAGACGCUCGAAACUGAGUAAAAUUGAGAUGCGCUCUGUCAUGGUGUUUGGAAUACCAUCAGAACUGAGACAUGAAGUCGACCUCGCUUCAUUCUAUGAAGGAUUGGGUAUCGGGACUGUUGAAAAUGUUGUUAUAUGUCGACGAUGGGUCAAGCUGAGAGAGGCUGUGGCGAUGAGGGCGUAUUAUCUGAAACAGCUAGAAUGUUUGUACGCUGCAGUAAAAUCACGUCGUGGUCAAUGGUGGAGGAAUCUCAAGUCACAACUCUUAGCAUCACAUUUGGAUAAUGAUUCAGCCUCAGUCUCGUCAGUAGCAUCACCACGUAGAUUAGCACCGCUGGAUAAAAACGAAGCCUGUAUAUUUGAAAUCAAGGCUCAAUUAGACGCUGUACCAAAACAUCUCCGACCUCGCCACCGUACUGGAUUUAUGGGAUUAGUAGGAUCAUCAGUAGACUCGGCUGAUUACUAUGGAGCCAAGUUUAUCGAAUGGGAUUUGGAAGUCGCUCGUUUACGACGAGUGCCUGAACAUUCAACACCUACAGCCGUAGCAUUCGUUACUUUUGAUUCUCCCGUAUCUGCAACAUUGGCUUCUCAAAUAUUGCUUGGAAAGAGACCGUUAGCUUGUAUGACUAGACCAGCUCCAGAACCGAGAGAUGUGUUUUGGCCAAACUUGUCGUCGUCAUCAGCCAAUCCGCUGAUCAAAUUUAUGAGAGGAUUGGGUGUUCAGAUGUCGCUUAUUGUAUUGGUCUUCUUCACUGCUACUCCAAUUGCAUUCCUCGCUGGUUGGACGACUCCAGCCGGAUUGGCAAAGCUAUUCCCACAACUGAAGGAUUUGUUUGAAAGCAUGACUCCAUUCAUCCGAAGUUUGUUGACUGGUGCAUUACCAGCGUUGGUGACUUCCUUGUGGCUUGCCACGCUCCCCUCCUUGCUAUUCUAUCUAUCGCAGGCUCAAGGGUUGGAAGCGUUGAGUUGGUUGGAACAGUCUGUGCUUUCCAAGUACUAUUGGUAUCUCAUUACCAACAUCGUAAUCGUCUUCGCCAUCGCUCGAAGUGUCUGGAAUGCCAUCUCCAUCUUUGAUGUCAUUCAACAACCAACUCUUCUCCUUAAUAUUCUUGCCGACAGCAUGCCGAGAAUGGCCUCCUUCUAUGUCAAUUACAUUAUCGUCCAGGCUUUUGCCAUCUUUCCAGCGCAAUUGCUGUUGGUGGGUCCUCUUUUCUUGACAUUUGUCAGUCGACUUGCACCAUGGACUCGAAACAGUCCCAGAGAUGUAUCAGAUGCUUACUAUCCGUCUGUGCUGACCUCCAUCAAUUAUGGAAUUGCUUUCCCUAUGCCAUUAUUGAUAUUGGCAGUUGGGUUAACAUACUCUCAAAUACUUCCCAUCGUCCUACCAUUUUGUGCAUUGUGCUUUGGGAUUGCAUGGGUUGUCUAUAAAUAUCAAUUAUUGUAUGUGCAUAUACCAAAGUUCGAGACCCUCGGCGGAUUUGUGCCUCUUGUUGUCAAUCGAACUAUGCUGGGGCUAGUCAUCUAUCAGAUUGUGAUGUUGGCUGUGCUUGCUCUGAAAAUGGUGCCAAGAGAUGGAGCGGAGGUUGAAAAGUUUGACUUUGUGUUUAUCAGAGCUGCAACUUGGGGUCCAUAUGCUUACACCCUGUUAUCCAUGAUUCCUCUCUUGAUUAUAACCUUUUUUGUCUAUUGGUGGAUGAAGCAAGGAUAUUUUAAACAAACUAGAAAUGUGCCCAUGGAAAUUCUUGGUCAGAUAGUCCAAGAACUAGGCCCAGAUACCCAUGUAGGAAGGAGAGAAGCCAUGCAGACACAAACGUCUCCUAGCAUCGCACCUGAAGAGCUCACACAUGUUGCUGAGCGAUCUGAGUCUUCAAUGGGUAAAGAGUUGAAGGAGGUCUCACCAAAUGAUUUGAUAACACAUAAUGAGUAUCUCUCAAAUCCUUGGCUUACGCCCAAACAACUAUCUGCUGGCUAUCUCCAUGGUGCAUCAUCUAGUGUCGCAGUUGAAGAUGUAGCCGCCACCGAAAAAGUAUCGAAAACCAUUCGCCAGAGACAACGACCAAGGAGGACAUCUAGAGCUGCAGCUAUUGCUGGUGUUCGAAGGACUCGAGCCAGGUCUUCAUCUGACGAACAACAACCGCUAUUAAGUAGUGAUGGUAUGUCAGAUUCAGACGAUGAAAAGGACACCGCAAGGCCUCAAAAUGGUCGUCGUGAUAAUGAUCCAGUAUCCGCAUAUCAUCCACCAUCAUGGAUCGAUCGAAGCCGACAAGAUAGUGUUACCUCACAAACGACUAGUGAACAUGAUGCUAGUCACUUGCAUAUCACGAUAGCAGAGAAUGGUAGUACCGCAACUGCAGCAGAUGAUUCAUUCCACAUCGAACCGCCAAUGUCUCACGUUACGGGUGUACUUGAUACGCCACUAGACGCAGCUCAUUGGCCAUUCCUAGCGUCAGGCGAUGAGCAAGACCUCAUAUUAGCCAAUGGUGGUAGUACACCAACUGCCAGUACGAAUAACAGUAGCAAUAACAACAACAUUAAUCCAUCAUCCAUUCCUACUCCAUCUAUAUCACCACGUAAUUAUGAUGAUUUGCAGCUUCACACGUAUCUCCAUCCAGCACUGAUAGGACGUCUCCCAUUACCAUGGCUUCCUGGGCCACAAUCUAGAGUAUUUACAGAAGCAAGAGCAGAACAGGAACGAUGGCAGCGAGAAGUAUGGAGGAGGGUUAGUCAACAGCUUAGGAUAGGAGUACGAUUGGAUUUGGCGAGAGCUGCUGCAGCCGGUGGUUCACAAGGAGAUCAUGGUGAUGAUGAGGCAUUGAGGAUACGUGGAGGACGAAGGGAGGGGUCUGCUUCCGUUACAACACGAGUCAAGAGCUUUGUUGAUGGCGCUACGUCGUGGCUGUACCUUGCAAUUACGGAUUGA